AUGAAUGACCGCAAUUCUGUCACUUGGGGUGCUAUGAUUGGAGGCUAUGGUAUGCAGGGCGAUUCUGCUGGCUCGAUUGACCUUUUUAAUGAAAUGCUGAAGGACAAUAUCCAACCAAAUGAAGUAGUCUUCACAAGUGUCCUUUCCACUUGCAGCCACACUGGAAUGGUUACUGUAGGAAAGAAGUGUUUCGAGAGCAUGGCAAAGUAUUUCAACAUCACUCCUUCUAUGAAGCAUUAUGCAUGUAUGGUUGAUGUGCUGGCCCGUGCCGGAAAUCUGGAGGAGGCAUUGGAGUUCAUACAGAAGAUGCCAAUGCAAGCAGACAUUAGUGUCUGGGGAGCUUUUCUCCAUGGGUGCAAGCUCCAUUCCAGGUUAGAGUUUGGAGAAGAAGCUAUCAAUAGGAUGAUGGUUCUUCAUCCUGACACGCCAGAUUUUUAUGUGCUCAUGUCCAACUUGUAUACCUCAUACGGGAGGUGGGACAAGUCAAUUGCUAUCAGGAGAUCGAUGCAGGAAAGAGGACUAGUCAAGCUACCCGGGUGCAGCUCUGUGGGACUUGAAAAUGGAUGA